AAUCAGAGAUCAUCAUCAUCAGCGCCCGGUGUACUUUCGUCUGCAAACGCUGCUCCUGGAUCAUUUUACGUCGAUAUAAUUAUUUGCAUUCCUUUGCCGUGCUAGCUGUGCUUCACAUAGGAUACCCGCUCCACAUUCGAGGUUCCUGCUUCCUCUGGCAUUGAGAGCCUGCGGGCGUCACUGUGUUUCCCCUGUUCUUCGAUUCCUCUGCAAGAGCUGCUUGCUGAGGCUUGUCCUUCAGGCUAGGCACCACGGUCGAAGUGAGGGUCUGCCGAGUGCCGGUGAACCGUAUCGGCUCAAAGCCUUCUUCUAGCCGAGAUGUCAGGCCAUCAAUAUCUUUCUGAGGAAGGGUUCCGUGUGGACGGGCGUCGCGCUCAAGAAAUGAGGAAACUCGAUUGUUCCCUCGGAGUUUUCGCGCAAGCCGAUGGUUCAGCAUACGUCAAAGAGGGCAACACCGUCGUCCUGGCAGCGGUUUAUGGUCCUCAUGAAGUCCGAGGUGGCCGUGUCAAGGCACUCCACGAUCGUGCUGUUGUGAACUGUCAAUUUUCGGCUGCAACCUUCUCCACGGCAGAGCGGAAACGUCGACCCCGCGGCGACACGAAAAGCGUCGAAAUGACGCUCCACCUGCAACAGACCUUCGAAACCGCCAUUUUGACCAAACUGUAUCCGAGAUGCCAAAUCGAUAUUUUCGUCGAAGUUCUACAAGCGGAUGGAAGUAUCCUGUCCGUAGCGAUCAACGCAGCAACGAUGGCCCUCGUGGACGCGGGAAUCGGUCUCAGGGAUUACGUUUGUGCAUGUAGUGCGGGAGUUUUUAAUGACGCUGCUCUCUUGGACUUGAACAACCUGGAGGAGAGCCAGAAAGGCACCGGACUGACAGUGGCCAUCCUACCGAAAACGGAAAGAAUCGUCCUCGUCGAUAUGAGCUCCAAGAUCCACUCAGAUCAUGUCAGCAAAACCAUUGAAGCUGCCAUCGAAGGAUGCAAGGACAUUCACGCAACAUUCGACGCCAAAAUCAAAGAAAGAGUCGGCAGAUUGGCGGCAUUGAUUAACACAGAGAAUUGAGUCGUUGCGCCAGCAGUUUCGUGUCCCUCAUGAAAAUAAAGCUACAAAUGAGGCAAGCUC